AUGAGUUUCCUGUAUAAUUACAGGGCAUCCUGGAGGUUCAGGCGCCACCUGACAGCAUUUUUAUUUGCUGUUAAUGAAAUCAACAAAAAUCCAGACCUUUUGCCAAAUAUCACUCUGGGCUUCCAGAUCCAUGAUACUUGUUAUUCUGAGAGCCUGAGUAUCGAGAGUGCCCUGAGAAUCCUAUCAGGAACCAGAUAUAUGGUCCCCAAUUAUAACUGUCACAAGAGGGGAGGGUUGGCUGCCAUUGUUGGGCAUCUUCUGUCUUCUCCGUCUCUAAGUAUCAGCACUAUAAUCAGUAACUACAGAAUCCCACAGAUCAGCUAUGGGGCGAUGGACCCUUCCUUUUCUGACAGGGAGCAGUUUCCCUCUUUCUUCCGUACGGUUCCCAACCAGCUGUCCCACCACCAGGCCAUCAUAGAGCUCCUCAAGCACUUCGGCUGGGUUUGGGUUGGCAUUGUGGCUUCUGCUGAUGAGAGCAAUGCCAAGUCCAGUAGCCUUCUGAGGGAGCAGCUCAUCAGCCAUGGGAUUUGUGUGGAGUUUCAUGUCAUUUUUCCAGUAGAUAAAGGGGAAACCAAAAGAACAAAUGUUCUCAUCAAGAACUCAACUGCAACUGUGAUCAUUUUAUACUGCAACAUCGGCUACUUCCUCCAGUUAAUGAUUGGUGAGCACUGGGAGGAAAUAAAAGGGAAAGUCUUUGUUACUUCUGUUACUCUGACACUUAUUCGAGAAAACGUGUAUAAUUUCAAAACUCUUUAUCCGCUCAACGGCUCCCUGCUGUUUGUAACACGAAGAGGAAACAUUCAUGGUAUGAAAGAUCUCAUGGAUUAUGUUCCUAGAAGGGCAAUCAGGCACAUAGAGGGAAUGUUAUUUUCUCUUCCCAGUGAUAGGAAAGGAAAUCCUUUAAACAAAAGCAAUUCCGAGCCCUUCCGUCUCACCUACAGCGUCUAUACAGCCGUGUAUGCCGUGGCGCACGCGUUCCAUGAUAUGGUCUCCAAGGCACGGAAACAACCAGGGUUCCUUUCCACUGGGCAAUGGCUCAGACAUUUCCACCCUUGGCAGAUGAUCCCCCAUCUAAAUAAAGUACAAUUUCCAACACAGAGCGAUGGGGACUUUUUCUUCUCUGACGAAGGGGAAAUGCCUGGAGAGUUCGAUAUCCUAAACUGCAUUGUGUCCCCAGAUGGGAAGGACCGAAUGGUAGAAGUUGGCAGCUACAGGUCUCAUCCUGCCCAGUUCCACAUUAAAGAUAGCGCCAUAGGGUGGGGGAGCCCAUAUACAGAGGCUCCCCGCUCUGUGUGCAGUAGCAGCUGCCUCCCCGGCUCCAGGAAAGCCAAACGGGAAGGACAACCCCUCUGUUGCUAUGAUUGUGUUCCUUGUGAGGAGGGAGAAGUCUCUAAUCAAACUGAUAUGGACUAUUGUAUGAAAUGCCCAAAGGACCAGUGGCCCAAUAAGAGAAGGGAUAGGUGCCUCCAAAGGUUGGUGGAAUUUCUCUCCUACCAAGACCCACUGGGUGCAGGUUUGGGUGGGGCCUCCAUUGGCCUUUCUGCUUGUGCAAUAACAAUACUGGGAGUUUUCAUCAAAUUCCGUGCAACGCCUGUUGUUAGAGCCAAUAAUACAAAUAUAAGCUACACCCUCCUGGUGUCUCUCUGUCUCUCGUUCCUCUCGUGCCUGCUCUUUAUAGGCCAACCUAAACCUCUCGCGUGCAUGGUCAGACAAGCUGCCUUUGGGUUGGCUUUCUCCAUUGCUGAAUCCUCUAUACUCGCUAAAGCCGUCACAGUUGCCGUUGCCUUCAGAGCUACAUCCCCAGACAGCCAGCUGAGAAGGUGGGUUGGACCCAGACUGCCCAUCUAUAUAGUCAUUGGCUGCUCGGUGGGACAGGCAGCCAUUUGCUUAGCAUGGAUGGUCCUCUCUCCACCAUUCCCAGACUACGACAUCCAAUCAGAGAAAGGAAAGAUGAUCCUUAUCUGCAAUGAGGGAUCAGCUGUUCUGCUUUAUGUGGAGAUUUCCUACCUGGGGGUUUUGGCUCUGUUGAGCUUCACUGUUGCGUUUCUUGUGAGGAACUUACCCGACCGCUUCAAUGAGGCCAAAUACAUCACUUUCAGCAUGUUGGUGUUCCUCAGCGUCUGGGUCUCUUUCAUCCCCUCCUACCUGAGCACCAAAGGAAAAUACAUGGUGGCCGUGGAGAUAUUUGCCAUCCUGGGUUCCAGCACAGGGUUACUGGCUUGUAUAUUUAUACCCAAAAUGUGUCUUAUUCUACUGAAGAGAGGCCUCAGCUCUAAAGUACAUGUCACGGGCAUGGAUAAUAAAUAACUCUUUAGUUACCUCAAAUCUUUCCGAGAUAUAUUAUGUGUCUAAACGGCUAAAAUUCGAAUUCAACAAUGGUUGGCUAUGACUAGAGGGUGUCUGGCUG